GGGGUGGGUUUCGUCGCUGUGGGGCGACGUUUUAUAAACGCACCGGCUCCGCCAGGCCAACACCUGUCCUCCCCUACCCCCUCUCGCCGUCGUGGUCGCCCCCGCCAGCGGCCAACGACCGCGUUCCACCUCGCCCACCUCCGAUCUCUAUCCCUCCGCCUCCCUCGCGCGCGCGCACCAAUCGCUCGUUGUAGCAGCAGUGGAUUUGCCCUUGCUAAAUUUGGCACUGCCAGCCAUACUUAAUCCAGCCCGGCCGCACCGUCCGACCGGCUGAUUAAAGCAGCUCGAGCUCGCCCGCCCGCCCGCUGCUUGCUUGCUCCCCGUCACGAGUCCGGCUGCUGUGUGGCUGGCUGGAGCUCCAACACCUGUGAGGCCCUGACUCGAGCCGCUUUUCGAUUCGGUCCGGCGCGGCUGAUUGGCGGGAUCCGUCAUGGAUUUUCCGGGAGGGAGCGGGCGGCCGCACCAGCACCAGCACCAGCACCAGCACCAGCCGCUGCCGCCGAUGACGCCGCUGCCGCUCACGAGGCAGGGCUCCUCGGUCUACUCGCUCACGUUCGACGAGUUCCAGAGCGCGCUCGGCGGGCCGGGCAAGGACUUCGGAUCCAUGAACAUGGACGAGCUGCUCCGCAACAUCUGGACCGCCGAGGAGUCGCAGGCCAUCGGCGCGGGCGGCGCCGGGCCGUCCACCGCCGCCGCGGGGCCGGAUCACGGCGGCAUCCAGCGCCAGGGCUCGCUCACGCUCCCCAGGACGCUCAGCCAGAAGACCGUCGACGAGGUCUGGCGCGACAUGAUGUUCUUCGGAGGCCCCUCUGCCCCCGCAGCCGCCGAGGCUCCCCCGCCGGCCCAGAGGCAGCAGACGCUCGGGGAGGUCACGCUCGAGGAGUUCCUCGUGCGCGCCGGCGUCGUGCGCGAGGACAUGCCGGGGCCGCCGGCGCCCGUGUCGCCGGCACCCGUGGCCCAGGCGCCGCCUCCGCAGCCGCAGAUGCUGUUUCCUCAGAGCAACAUGUUUGCUCCGAUGGUGAAUCCUCUCUCCUUGGCGAAUGGGUUGAUGACCGGAGCUUACGGCCAGGGAGGAGGGGGAGGGGGUGGUGGUGCGGCCGCUAUGGUGUCGCCGUCGCCGGCGAGGCCGGUCAUGUCCAACGGCUACGGCAAGAUGGAAGGCCUCAACCUGUCGUCGCUGUCGCCGCCACCGAUGCCCUAUGUUUUCAACGGUGGGCUGAGGGGGAGGAAGCCACCGGCCAUGGAGAAGGUGGUCGAGAGGAGGCAGCGCCGGAUGAUCAAGAACCGGGAGUCUGCGGCGAGGUCGCGCCAGAGGAAACAGAGUUAUAUGAUGGAAUUGGAGACUGAGGUGGCAAAACUUAAAGAGCGGAAUGAAGAGUUGCAGAGAAAACAGGCGGAGAUGCUUGAGAGGCAAAAGAAUGAGGUAUUCGAGAAGGUUAGCCGGCAAGCUGGGCCUACGUCGAAGAGGAUCUGCCUGCGGAGGACGCUAACGGGUCCUUGGUAAGCUGAAGACCUGUAACUAGAACAAACUACUUUCGACGUGCGCGGUUUAUAUACAUAUAGUAGGUGAAUUUCAGAAUCGCCCAGGAGUUGCGCCUGUAGAGCAGCCACUGAUCCGAUGCUCGAGAGUUCAGACUCCUAGGCCAGUAGACUGCUGGCGAUCUUAUAGGUUCUAGCUGUUCCAUGUCAGUAGAGAGCGUUUGUAUGUAAGAUCUGUUUAACCAUGUGGUGUUGUUAGACUACCAUUGGAACUACAUUUCUAUCUAUUCUCUUUUGAGGGCUCAUUGCAACAACCAUGUUAAGAGAUGAGUUUGUAUUCUUCAUAAAACGACGUCCGGUCGGCUUGUAAAGCGGAACUAUUUGCGCAUCUGUAGAUGAUUUUCCUCCGUUU